CAGGAAGAUCCCAGAUGGGAUAUCGAACAAGCUCGACGAGAUGUCACCGCUCUCAAAUCUCGUGCAAGAGGCAGUAUAUCGAUUCCAUCACUCUCUUCAGCUUCGCAUACUGCAAAGCGGAUUAUGGUCUACCUUGUUCCAUCUCCCAUUCAAAGCGUCCUCUACCCAUCAGCCAGACCAGCAUCUGACAUUACAGUUCGUCCGAAACCAACAGCAUGGUUAGAUGGUAUGCGUGGCAUCGCAGCGUUGCUGGUAUACAUCUAUCAUCUGUCAUAUUCGACACACGAUGUCUAUACCGGCUGGAGCGAAGGUCAUCACGACUUUCUACGCCUGCCAUUCAUCAAGACCUUGUACAACGGUCCUGCCAUGGUCUCCCUCUUCUUCGUUUUGUCUGGCUAUGCCCUAUCCUACAAGCCUGUCAAGCAGAUGCGCAAUGGAGAGUAUGAUGCAUUGUUUUCUGGCUUGUCUUCGUCUGUGUUUCGCAGAGUGAUCCGCUUGUAUCUGCCUUGUGUUGCUUCAACCUUUGUUAUUGUGGUUCUCGUACGUCUGGGAUUCUACAGCCGCACGAUGGAACUCGCGACUGAUGCCAAACGCCUGCCCGGUACCCGUGAGCAUCAUGCCUGGCGCUAUGACACCCUGACAGAGCAAGUUUGGAUCUGGAUCAGAAGCUUCUGGGGCUUUAUGAACCCAUUUGCCUCGACGGGACUUGGUAAAGAUUACUGGACAAUGACCCUGUUCUAUGGCGGCUUUCUCAUGGCCGAGAUGGACAUUCGACGGAGCGCUUUGAAGGGGUCUCACAAAAUCGCCUCUAACAAUAGCUCGAGGGUCUUCUGGUCUGCUGUUUACAUCACAGUCUUUCUGUGCGGCGUUUUCUUGGCCGGUCAGCCCGAGAGAAACGUAAAAGGCACAUAUGUUUGGGAAACAAUCAUUUCUCUAAUUCCUGACUACGUUAGAGAAAAGUGGAGAUACUGGACCUCAUGGGGAGCGCUUUUGAUUGUCUGGUCGACUUCAAAUGACUAUCUGCUCCAAUGCAUUUUCACCAAUCGUGCGUCGCAGUACCUCGGCAGGAUAUCUUUCUCCUUGUAUCUGGUGCACGGCUCUAUCAUCCAUACUUUGGGAUAUGGCUUGCUGCAGUCACUCUGGAGUACCAUUGGUGAGGAUCGANAAGAGACGUGCUUCGUCAUCAUGGCGACUUGUGUCACUGUGAUGACUGUCUGGUGGGCCGAUGUGUUUAUGAGGUUGGUAGAUGUGCCUUCGGUGAAGUUCGCCAGGUGGCUCGAAGAGAAGUGUGUUGCCAGGAAGAAGAUGGAGGUCAAGGAAGAACCUGCAUGGCGAGAUGCAAGCGCACUCGUA